CGCCAACAAAAAGAAAAAGAUGAGAGAGGAUUUUUAGGCAAUCGUGAAGAUGUAAGAUGUAGGUCACGAAGUAGUAGUACUACUACUAAAGAUGUUCGUCGGAGGCGCGAUUGAGAAGAUCGAUAUCUAAUGACACGCCUAUGUAUUUGGGCAAAUUUUCUUCAGGAGCAAAAUGAUUUACCGACACGACGCAUGAUGGAAGAGCGGUAGACGCAAUACAAUAAGCAGAGGGCGUCAACGCAAUACAGAGCAAACCGGAACAAGAUGCCUCUCUUCGCAAAACGCGUACUGCAAAAGGAGUUCGACGAAUGGGAGUCAGAGCUGAUUCGGAAAACCGAGGUCCGAAGUAUAGAGCAGGACCAGGAAAUCGAGAAGUUGAAGGUAGAGAAAACUUUCAUCUUUGUUGAGCUUGAGAAGUAGGAUUUUCUGAGUGGGAAGUGCUAGCACUUCUCUGACUCUGUUUUUUUUACAUACAUGUUUAAGGAAUUCAUCUUCAGACAUGAUUUUACUACGAAAUAUUAUUUAAAGAUAAGUACUUCUGGAAACAAACUUUUACUACCUUUCUUAAUCUUAGCAGGGUUUCCUACUUUAACAUCCUCUCCUCGUGAACACAGGACCGCAUCAACGAGCUCGAGUCCCGUUUAUCCCAACGUCUAGACGACGAAGCGUCGGCACGUUCAUCUGCCGACCACAAACUCACUACUGCUCUCCAAGAUGCCUCAGCCGACUUGCGUGCUGCAGAUGAACAGCUCAACACACAGCUUAAUUAAGGCAGAAAUAUUUAAUACAAAAACAAACUAUGAAAAAUUGAAAUUAUCGGCAAUAAAGACAUAUUCAUAAAUUAGCUCCAUCUUCAACUUCAACUUGAUACUUCAUCUACCUUUAGAAGUUCUGAAAUUCGGGUCGGCCUCUUUAGCGGGAUCUUCGCUCUAGUAGAUAGUGGACACAUUCUAUCCUUCUCGUUACUGCUCAAUCUUCUACUUAGGUACUCUAAUCCAAUGAGGCACAGGCUAAGGCAGCUGUAGAUCUCCAGACUGCAUCUGAACAAGCCCACAGUGCAUUAGAAACGACGGAAGGCAAGCUGGCUAAGCGCCUCGACCGCCAUGCUAGUGACCUGCGGAAAAUUGGCAAUGCGUUGUCAGGGAAACUCUUUGACUUAUGUUGAGAAAUUCCUCUGAAGACGAGGAGCUGGAGAGAGACCACUAUGCACUAUCAUAGAUUGAUAAUGAUAGCACCAUGCAUUAGGUCUAAAAUCUGAUAUUUUUAUUGAUUAGCUUAUCUAACUGCGAGGUAAGUGAAAUUAAAUGGCCUACAAUCUAAUCCAAUCACCAUUAUUUUCGGAAAUAAAAUUUGCAUUUGGCGAUUAUUGUAGAGAUUGUUUUUACGUUCGACAUUUAGACAUGUUGUUCAUAUAUUACGCUCGGCUCGACUCCUCCAUCUGCAACAUGUAUUGAGUUGUUCUUGAUGUAAAAAAGCCUCCUGCUCUAAUCAACCUCGCGAGUUUCAAGCUGGAGCGGCAACGGGACCGCAUCAACAUUAUCAUGGAAGAUGAUAGUGUUUUGAAUAGCGAGGGCGUAGCAGCAGAAGGCCCUUCGGCAUUCUCUCCGGCUGAUCAAGAAGUUGUUAUGGUGGGAGGACAACUGAUAUAAUGGGGCGUCGCAGUGGACCAAUAGAGGACAUCGCAGUCUACGUCAUCUGAAAUAUUUGGACGCUUUUUACUAGGAGAGAAAUCUUCAUUGCUUUUUUCAUCGGAUCAUGAUCAUGAAGUUUGUUUGAGAUUCAUCAAGAAGUUUGAUCUACCUUCUAAUCUACUCGCGAACCUCGAGCAGGAUCCAUCAUCCGCCGACGCAGGAGCAGCUUGUAUAGAAAAAACUGAGGAAGGCGAUGAUGCAGAGAAACUACCUGGUGAGGAGGAGGAGAAUACUACUAGUCCGUCGUUUCGCAAAAAUCCCAUCGUCAAAGAGGGUGAAGAGGGCUUAGAUGAAGUUCCUCGCGGUCCUCAAGAAGAUGACUCUGCAACAGGAACCAGCUCAUCCCUCUCUCGUUCUCGACGUCGUCCUACCCCUCAGCAGGAACAAUUUGGAGGAUCUCAACCAUCAAAGUUACAGAAACAACAAUUACAUCAACAUGCAGGCUCAGUAGAACGAUAUCGGCCGUUCACGAAGCCGACUCGUGGCGGUUCGAGAUGCAAAAGGGUUGAGUGGUUGAUUCAAGAUGCGAGUCACAAAUUGCAGGUCUACGAAACCGGACAGCCACUCUAUUCUCCUGAAUUCACGGUGAAUUUGGACUAUGCUACUUCUGCCACGACCACUGGAAACAUCAAUGUCCAGCAAGAACGGGUGUUGAAACGAGCGCGACUGGUCUUUUACCCCAGAGGGAGCAGCAUCGUUGCGAAACCGGGUUACUGUUCGGUUUUCCUGCAGUUUCCAUUAGACGAUCCAGCUAAUCCGUCUGAUGACCUUGUAACAGUUGGCAACUUCGGUGGAUUUACUAGUGCGUUUCCGAGUGGGGCACCGAAUGUGAGUCCGCACAGACGUCGGACAAGACCUCCAUUGUUUGCAGAACAUAACAGAUUCGGAGGGUUUUCAUCUCCGACAAGGAUGAACAAUAUCGAUCCGCCAGGAGCACUUCCCUUAGCCCAGGAAGCAGAGUCGUUGCGAAGAAUGCAGCAGCAGAACAAGAUUAUUUCCUAUACGGAUAGUUAAGACUUCGGGUUGAUGUGGUCAGAAGAUGUAAGACAACGCGGAAUAUUGUCGUACAUCCAAAUCAGCACUUCCUAAGCAUCCACAUAAUCCACAUACUACAACUACAUCCAAAUCAGCACUUCCUAAGCAUACUUAGAUAAAAAUAGCACCUGCCUCCACUUCUAAGCCACCAUACUCUCCUUACCGGGCAAAUCGCCCUUAGACGCGAUUCUGCGGAAGAAUUUACAGGCAGAUGGGAUCCUCCCAAGAGACCAAGAUCCUGGAUUGGGUACGGAUUAUCGUGGAAUCCAGGUAUCCUCAAGAAACAACUUCUGGUUUCGCUAUAGGCUGCAAGUGGGCAACUUCGUUUCCACCGAGGUUUUGGACACGAUUUACAAAGGCGUUGACAACUUCUGCGAGGUACUAGAAGAAGUAGUUGGAGUAAGUUGAUGAUUGUUCUUGUGUGUAUGGGAUAGGCAUCAUGAUAGGGCUUAUGAACCAUUAUACAGGGAUCAUGAUGAACCAUAGGGACUAGGGCAGCAUCAAGGCCCCCUGGGUUUAUUAUUAUUUCUCUUCCAUGAAAAAGAAUCAGAUUGUUCCUUUUUUAUGAUGUCCACCUUUUUACGAUGUAUUAACAUCACAAGCUGCACAAACACCCAACAUCAUACUUAGGUCCUUCCCCACGUCGACAAUGACGAAGAUACGUUGACGGUUUCUGUUGAGUUCCUAGCAGAAACGAGCUCCUUGAGCCAAGUGGGCGGCCCUGACGAAGAGUGGUCGUCUCCUGCAGGUCGAGCUUUCUUAGCAGGGAGAGCACUCCUUCAGCACAGUGAACCCGAAUGGAAGUUUCCAUCGAGCAAGGAGGGUCAACCAGUCUGGGAACAAAAAAUGCCGCCGGAGCCGGGGACGGGUAUUGUUGUUGAUGUUGUUGUUGAUCCAAAUCAAAAAUCCAAAAAACCAAACUAGUAGAUCUUUGAUUUUUUGUGAAUAAUCUAGAAGAUUCCACCGGAGAAGCGUGGAGGUGCCUGUUCCUUAUCAUUCUCAUAUCAACCUCCUGGUCUUCAGCUUCAUACCAUUCUUGUUGUCAAUCAUCAACAUAUAGCUUUUCCUUCCCUCGGUGGAGCAGGACGGGCGGACCAAGAUGAAGGUGAAGCCUCUCGUGCCAAGAACAAUGAUGAUGAAAAAGAAGUGCUUUCGCCUAGUAUCAAGCAACACUAUGCUGGAGGAAGAUAUUCUGGGGUAGCAGAUUUCACGCAGGACAAAGAAAAAUCCGAACGCGAUCGCGACCACACUUCUCGACUUUUGUCCUCCACUACGGAGUUCGUUUCUCGAGACGCGAAUCUUUUCUUCCCAUUCGAAAGGCUGGACGAUAGGAUGAAGAAUAUUGGAGUGGAAAACGAGCUUCUUGAGAAAGACGAGUUGUAGCCAACCACCGAGGACAUGAACAAGGUGCUGAACAGGAGUAGAACGAAUCCUACAAGUACGAACAAUCCUUUCAUGAUCACAAAAUGUUUUGCGUUUUACUUGUCCUUCAGAUCAUUAUUGUUCUAUGUCCUCUUCCUCUACAACUAAGUACACGAAAAAUGAUUAUAUUACAAGAAAGCCUUGAGUUAGAAGAAGAUGUUGAUUACACCACGCACACGCAGCAUGAACUUCAACUUGUGACACAUAGAAGUGACAAAGAACUUAGACAAAGAGAAGAAACGGUAGUGAUAUUACCGACCCCACGAUCGAUAAAGAUUUAGAUGAAUGUCGUCCCUCUGCCAUUAAAUGUACAGAUUUGGACAGCGUUGAGACAAAGCAGUCUGAAGCAAGUCUUUUUUAGUACCAAAAUGCCAAUCAUUGCAAAAGAUGAACCAGGUUCUGUUUCUGAUGAAUAAAAUGCCACUCAGUUGUCUCAGAUUAGAACAAGAAGAUUUCGUUAUUCGGGAGGAAGCGUCCAUCGGCUUCUCUUCAAUUUUCGCAGAAGACGU